AUGAAACGAAUCGCUGACGCCGUAUCCUUCGCUUCUUCUCAUUCUCGGCUAUCCAUUGUCCCACCACCUAUCAUACGUCACGACGGUUUCUUAUCCCCUGCUCCGUCAUUCCCUCUCGAUCCACUCACCACUUUCGUUCCCUCUUUCUCAACCCCUGCCUCACCGACUCCCCUUCCACUCGCUUCGUUGAUCGAUUACGACCUCAUUGUUGACCUGGAUGACGAUGCCAUCUCAACUCCAUUGACAUCUAUCAUCACACCUUUCAACCCCAUCGGCAUACCUCACACAGCCAAAUCUCCCACAGCAGUUGGCGAACCACUCGGUCCACCACCCAAUCCUGAUACCAACGGAGAGAGUAACCCUCAAAGACCUCCCAUCCGCCCCAACUCUGGCAUACGAUCCCGUUUCGACCAAGAACCCAACCCAUUCGAACAGUCCUUCUCUCGGUCAUCACAUCACUCCAGCUCAUCACUCUCUGACCGAACCACUCCUCCCCGUGGCACCGACGCAACCAGCACACGUCACAACGCUUUACCGCCUCUAUCAUCACUGACAAGUCCAGCAGCAGCUGAUCCAAGUCAGUUUCCCUGGCUUGCCAAUUCCCUUCGAUCCGGCCCGCUGAGUCCGGCAAUGCUUGCUGGACCUCAGAGCGGUAAUCCCCAACCAAACAACGCCAACAAUCGUGUAGGUGGACCGAACGAAGCGAACGGUAAUCCAAGUGAAGGCGCGGCAGCUUUCGAAUCGACGGGAUUUAGAACUGGGUUCACCCCAGGAACAGGAUCCGGCUUCACUCCUGCCGGUUACAACUCUUUCAUGGGACCCAAUCUUGGUGCUCUCGCGAUGCCUUCGCCUAACACCGCCGCGUUCCUCAACAGUAUCACCAAUUCGACUCCUUUGGCCGAAGGUAGCGAUGUAGCUGCCGCUGCCGCUGCGAACGGUGGUCAUCCCCCUAUCCAAGGUGAUGGAAACACCUUACAGCCGCCUUCAGCCAUCCCUCCGCAUUUACAACAGCAUCAUGGUCUAUCUCAUACCAACUCUCAGAAUGAGGUGCCUCAAGAGACUAUCACCCCAAACACGCUGUCCGCUCUCACUGGGGUGUUUGGUGAGAUGGCACGAGCCAAUCAAGGACCACAACCUGGACCACCUUACUUUGCCUCUGCAAUGGGACCACCUCACCCUGGUGCUGUACCAGUCCCAAUGCCACAUGUAGACUACGCUCAGCAGAGUGCCAAUGCCGCUUCUCAAGCUGCUAAUGGACUGUUCUUGUUGUCCCAAGCGCACCAGGAGCUGUCCAAGCGCGAGGAGGAAGGUAGAGGUGGUACACCCGCAAGAGGUGGACGAGGUCAAGGGAAAGGUGCCAACGGUGCUCAGGCGGGUCAGAAGAGGAAAUCGGAUGUUGGAGGAGGACCUGGUUCUGCGAAACCAGCCAAGAAAGGAAAGAAGAAUUCUAUGGGCGCAGCUGGUCCACAGCAAGGUUCGACACCGCCUAAAUCGGCCAAACAGGAAAGUAUCGACUCGGGCGAUUCGGAUGAUGACGACGGCAAGUAUGAUAUGGGGAAUAAUGGCGGUAAACCUGAGACGGAGGAGGAUAAACGAAAGAAUUUCUUGGAACGUAAUAGACAGGCCGCACUGAAAUGUCGACAACGUAAGAAAGCAUGGUUGAACGAAUUACAAUCGAAAGUCGAAGGAUUAACCAUCGAGAAUGAAAGAUUACAACAGACGAUUCAGUCGAUGCAUGAAGAAGUUGGUCGAUUGACUGCUAUACUGAUGCAACAUCGGGAUUGUGGUUUGGCCAUUCCAACAGCUUAUGGAAGACCUAUUCGAUAA